AUGCAAGUCGCACCUCGACAACGAGCUCCGCGACAAACGUCAUCGUGCCUUGAAUGCCGUCGUCGCAAGCAAAAGUGCUCUCAAAGUCAACCAUGCACAAAUUGCUUCCGUCGGUUUCCCUCACCUGAAUGCAUAUAUGAAGUCAAGUCUUCCAAAAGACAUCAUCCAAUAGCUUCACGUCCUAAACCACCUCUAGUGGUAGAUGUACGAGAAGGGCCAUAUUCACAUCUCAAUCCUGCGUCUAUCCAAGACGCUCUCUAUUGUCUCGAGGAUGAGGGAUCACGAUCGUCCUCGGCAUCUAGUCCUAGCACAUCCGUUACCACUUCAGCUACACAGCCACGAACUGAUCUAUGGUUGCCUUACAAGAUUCUGUCAUCAGCAAAUGGUGACAACGAUGACACCAUAGCUCAGUCUGUCUGGACCAUUACGAAACACAGCAUCAGAGGAGCCAAACUUAAUUAUUCCGAGGAGCGGGUUACAGAGAUCUUGGGAUCUCAAGAUCAUGAUGAGCGGCACGAUAUCCUUCGGCCAAUUGAUGGCUCUGCAGUACAGCUAGAGUACCUUCCCAUGAAGCCUACCAAGUUAAACAAGGAGUUGGUACGCAUUCACUUGCAAUUACUCUCACGCUUCAAAUGCGCAGUGGACGGCAACCCAGAUCCUGCGAAUGAGUUCAUGAACUUCUGGGUCCCCUGCACUUUGCAAGACCCCCUUCUUCUCCAAAUCGUCUUAUUUACAUCGUCAUGCUUCUUAUCCGAAACUCGACAUUGCCCCAAGGCUUUACAAUACGCACAUAAGCACCAGGUUUAUCGGAUGCUAAACUCUCAGCUCACGGAUCAACAAGCGCAGACGAGCGAUACUUUGGUCCUUGGUGUGGUCCAGAUGAUCGCAGACUCUUGGUACUGGGGCGCUACGCAUGAUCUAAAGACUCACCUUGGUGGUCUUAGAGGGAUGAUCAACCUGAGAGGUGGACUGUCUCAGCUCGGUUUGCGUGGUUAUUUGGCCAAGAUGGUCCUCAUUCACGACAUCGUCAUGGCGCUCGCACAUGAGAUCAAGCCGUCCAUGUAUGGACAUCCCGGCUUCGAGUUCCGAGAUUCUCGUACCAUGCCCUUCAAAACGGCCUUCAACACCCCUUUUAUUAGCAACUGGCAAUCUUUCAGAGAAUGCUCAAAUUCUCUGCAACUGCACCCAAGCACAGCUCAAAUACUUGACGACAUGAGGAGCUUGUUCUCAGCCGCUCUAGCUUUACCAAGAAACCCAGCCUCCGAACACGUCCAAAGGGUUCUCACAACGGCUCAAUGGUUUCACGAGAGAAUACUAGAUCUUCCGGAAGACACACCAGCACUUCGAUCUCCAAGACCUUCUGAUUCGUCUCGAGCGAGCUCAACUGAGAGUCCGGGCAAUUCUCCAGGAUCACUUAGAACUGACAAGUCUUCACCACCUAUCGUACUUCCAGACAUUAUGUAUCGCGUUAUCCGCAAAGUGGCCUUGAUCUACUGCAAAGCGAUUCUUAACCGCUCUCCAAUCAGUUCUGCUUGCUCGGAGGACGACAUUGAAGCCAUUUGGGGCUCAAUUUGGCAGUCCGGCUUGGCAACUUGGAAAUCAGUCCUCGGUAUAUUCGCAUGGGUCAUGAUUGCCCUCGUGACAAAUUGUCACAAAAUUGGCCCUGGUCGUCUCAUCAAGACCUUGACCAUGUCUACCAUGAUGUCCAUCGGAAUGGAGAACUGGGACGUCUUUAAUCAUAUAGCGAAAACAUCCUUCAGAUUACAAAGAUGGCUAGCAGGAGGACGGGAUUAUACAAAUGACCUUAUGGGAGGAGAGAAAGUGGUGGACAAAUAUGGCUUUGGGAUGACAGGCGCAUUACCAGCUUUAUUACGUGGUACAAUGUGCGACUUUACUCAGCUUCGAGGCGAUAUACUGCAUGGUGAUGUUCUCUUGCCAGGAGAUGACGGCUAUGAGGACGUGUUGAAGAGGUGGAGUGCGGCUUGCGUGAAGAAGGCAGCAGCCGUUGUCUUACCAGUUAACUCACAAGAGGUGUCCACGGCAGUCAAGUUUGCAGUUUCGAAUCGAAUAGCAAUGACUGUAUGCGGUGGUGGUCAUUCAUCCAGCGGUGCCUCUUCAUCCGAAGGCAUGGUCAUUGACCUCAGAAAGAUGCGCAAAGUUGAAGUUGACACAGAAGCCAGGACUGUCGAGUUUGAAGGGGGCUGUCUCUGGGAAGAUGUCGAUACUGCUCUUGAACGUCAUGGCUUAGCGACCGUUGGAGGUGUCGUGAACCACACAGGGGUUGGAGGACUUACACUCGGUGGAGGACAUGGUUUUCUAACACCGCGUCACGGCCUAACUAUUGACAAUUUGUUGAAGGCGGAAGUUGUUCUUGCAGAUGGGACGAUAGUUGAAGCGUCUGAGGACACGAAUCAGGAUCUGUUCUGGGCUAUUCGAGGCGCUGGUGCACAGUUCGGAGUUGUCACUCGCUUCAUUUCUGGAGCUCAUCGACAAGACAGAGUCUGGAGUGGAACAUUGGCGUACUCGGCUGAUAGGCUACCUGACCUACUGCGCUUUGCGAAUGUGUUAUAUGGAAGACCGAACCCAGAGGGGCAUUGCUUCGCAUUGGGCAUUGGCUUUGGACCUGAUGAGACGACUCGUGUCGUGUCUGCUAUCCCUCUGUUCCACGGUUCAGAAGCAGCUGCCAAGCAAUAUUUCUCUGGUAUCCUCGAGAUGGAAGCGAUAGCCAACAAUACGGAGAUGAUGACAACGGCGAAGACGAACACGCUGCUCAACUCCGUCAUGGACCACGGCAUUCGACGACUCAUGGGAUCAGGCAACAUCACAAUGCCUCUUGAAAUCGAACCAAUGUUACAGACCACUGAAACAUUCUGGCAAUUCUGCGAAACCCAUGAUGGAAUGGGCAAGUCUGUCUUAGCUAUUGAGUUCUUCCCAACAGACAAGAUUCGCGAAGUCCCCCAGGAUGCAACAGCCUACGCCAAUCGAGGAGACUACUAUGAUGCAAUGACUUCUUUUGCAUGGGAGAACCCAGAUUACGAUACAGAUAUACGACAGUUCAAUAGGAGUCUCUGUAAGAGGAUUCGAGAAACGAAUGGGUAUUCAGCUACGGCGGGUGGACACUGGAGCAAGGGGCCUGUAGGGGUGUAUAUCAACAUUGAGGCUGAUAGUAUAUCACCCAAGGAUGCUUGGGGUGCAAAUCUGCCUAGGUUGAGGGAGUUGAAGAGGAAGUAUGAUCCGAAUAAUGUGUUUAACAAGUGGCAUGGUAUCGCUGAGGAUACAGCUGGGACAGUAUAA